AUGUCAGGAGAGAGCCUACUGAGUCCAGCUCAGACAGAAUUCCACUCAGUGGGGACAGUUGAUCUCUUGUCAGAAUACACCCUGAUGUUACCGGGGGAAACCUUGGAGGACCACAGCAAUACCAGCAAAUUGGGGCCAGGGUGCAAUGAGGAGUCAUGUCCACAGGGGGCAGUAUUGCCCUGCGCUGGCUGUGGAGAGUUCAUCAGAGACCCUGUGGUGCUACGGGUUGGGUCAAACCAGCAGUGGCACACAGGGUGCCUGUGCUGUGACGAGUGCCACUGUCCCCUGGGAGAGAGUGUCAGCUGCUUCCUGAGGGACGGGAGGACCUUGUGUAGGACAGAUUAUGCACGGCUAUUUGCAGAGAAGUGUGGAGGCUGCGGGGAGGCAGUACUGUCCUCUGACCUGGUUGUGAGGGCAGGAAGACAGAACUAUCACCCUGACUGUCUGCACUGCUCGCUCUGUGGUGCAUUACUCUUGCCUGGGGAUAGCUUCACCCUGGGACCAGGAGGACCAUGCUGCCAGGCAGAGCACACGAUGCCAGAGCAACAGAUCCAAAAAGCAGACUCACUAAAGAAAAGAAAAGGGAGAAGAGGAGGAGUUUGGGAGAGAAGGUGGUUGGACAGGGGUAGGAGUAGAGGGGUGCGGGUGCGUACCGUCCUCAGUGACACCCAGCUGAAAGCCUUGUGCACCUGCUACUCCCAGACCCCCCGGCCUGACGCAGAGGUCAAGCUCCAGCUGAGUCAGCUGACUGGCCUAAACAGGCGGGUCAUCAGGGUGUGGUUCCAGAACAAACGCUGCAAGGACAAGAAGAGCCACGCCAAAAAAGGAGGCAGACCAGUGUCAGACUUGGACUUUACAGUGAGUAGUGCCCUGCUGUGUACUGCAGCCAGACCGAUGGUGGUCCUCUCUCCUGAGCCCCCUGACUUUGCCCUCCAGAUUUACGUCUAUGAGUCAUCAUGGCAACCACUUGACGGCCAAAUCAAGCUCUCAGCUGACCAUGACGAGCUGACCCUCACUCAUAUUUCCCAGAGAACGUGUUUUUCAGAAGACCUGGGUUCUCCACUGCAGCAGGGUGAUGAGUACUCCGUCACCAUUCGGACUAUCGAGACAGCCAACAUCCUCACUGAACUGUUACUGUAA